AUGGCAGGACGAGAAUCGGGACGAAUCCGGGAAGCAGACAAAAAGCGCACCUUGGACGAUGCCGCACGCCAGCGACGUGCACGCAAAGCGCUGGAAGCACUGGAGCAGGAUAACUUCCACGAAGAUCCGCACGCCGACUUGGUAAUGUCGAAAAAGGUGCCCAAGUUUAGUGACAAUCUGGAUGGUAGUGGACCGAGCAGGAAAAAGAACCGCCGUACCAAGGGUGCCGAGUACUAUCGGGCAAAGUAUCGCAAAACGUUUCCCCAGCUGUUGGACGAAGAGAAACAGCAACGACCAGAUCCGCCGAACUACUUCAGUGCGUCCGCACCACCUUCCCGUCUGCCGGAGCGACACUUUUGUGCGGUUUGUGGCUUUCCAUCCAGCUACACGUGUACCGCCUGUGGGACGAGAUAUUGUUGUGUGCGUUGUUUGGGUACGCAUCAGGAUACUCGGUGUUUGAAGUGGACCGCUUAG